GCUGUUCAAAUCAACGAGGAUUCUAAUUCUUGUGAGAACUCAUGCACGAGUUCUCUGCGGUUGAAUAACUCUGAAAGUCAGUGCAGUAGUCAGCUUUCUUCGUCAAAUUUUACGAGGCGAAGUGGGGGUGCUGGUGGUUAUACAUGUUGUGUUCCUGAUUGUUCAAGCAACCAUAAAAGGAAUCCAGAGCUUUCCUUUUACAGCAUUCCUAGUGGUAAAAGUAAAGAGUCGAAAGAACUUCGAAAGAGGUGGAUUAAUCUCAUUUCACAUAGGGAUUUCUCUCCUACAAUUGGCCAUAGAGUCUGCUCAUUGCAUUUUCCUGGGGGAUGUAAAACCUAUUUGAACCAACUUCCAAUGAUUGUUCCGAAAGCAACCAGACCCACGCCUACAAAAUCUCGCUCAACGGGAAAGGCAAGAAAUCGAACUCUUUUGGUAUCAAGUACAAAAUCUGUACCUACUAAGCGCAGACUUUUUUCAGAACUUGAUAAUAACAAUAAUUUAUCAGGUUCAAUAGAACCAAAUAAAAUGGCUACACUGGCUGUAAAUGAGAAUAUUGAUCCUAUUGCCUGUUUACAAGAACAAAUGGCAAAACUUUUAGCAACCAAUGAGAAACUGAAGGAGGAGAAUGGAAGACUUAAAAAUGAAAAUAAAUGUCAAAAAGAUGAGAUACGAGGAUUAACAGAGCAAUUGGAAGAAGAGGUAAAAAAGAAAACAUUUUUCAAUUGA